CCCGUCAUUAUGCAAAGCAGAGUGGCGAGGUGCGCGGGGAGGCUAUAAAAGGGGAGCGGCCGCGGCUGGCUGUUUACUGCGCUUAGACUGAGCCGGCUGCUGCACCGGGCCGGCUGCGCUGCGCUCCCACGCGCCAGGUACCCGCGCUGCGCUGCGCUCUGCACCGGACCGGCUGCGCUGCGCUCCCUGCGCCGGGCACCAUGCGGCUGGCGGCGGCAGCCCUGAUGCUAUGCACGGCGGCGUGGCUGGGCCCCCGGGUGGGCGGCUUCCCGGCCGGCAGCAAGGAGCGGAAGGUGCAGUUCGCUUCCUGGGACGAGGUGAACGUGAUCGCUCACGGGCUGCUGCAGCUGGGCCACGGGCUCAAGGAGCACGUGGACAAGACCAAGGGGCAGCUGCGGGAGCUGGGCGGGCGGCUGAGUGCCCACAACGGCUCGCUGGGACUGCUCCUGCGCCAGACCCGCGAGGCGCAGGAGCAGGGCGGGCAGCUGCGGGCCGCCGUGCGGGAGCUGCAGGGCAAGGACCAGCAGCUCUUCAGCCUCUCCGAGGCGCUGCGCGAGAAGCUGCAGCAGAUGGCCGGGGACAAGGCGGAGAUCCAGGGCCGGCUGGAGCAGCUCGAGGGCAAGAUCCGGCAGGUGCUGCAGGGGCGGCCCUCGGAGAACCAGAGCGCCAAGGAGCUGGGCACGCUGCAGUCCCUCAUGGAUUCUCAGAACACGAGAAUCGAGGAGCUUUUGCAGAAGAUCAAACAGCAGCAGUACAAACUGGACAAGCAGAACCUGCAGAUUAAAAGCCUGCAGAGCAAAGUCAAUCUCUUGAUCCCUCUGCAUCUUAAGGACAACAAAACUCAGAGUCUAAAGUGGAGGAUAAACCUGAAGAAAAGCAUCAGACACACCAACCAAAGCCAAAACGCCAGUGUGGAACCUGCACAGCCACAGAAGCUCCCGCUGGACUGCCAGCAGCUCUUCCUGGCAGGGGAGAGAAGCAGUGGUGUGUAUCAGAUCCAGCCCUUGGGAUCUCAGCCUUUCGAAGUCUACUGUGACAUGACUGCUGAAGGUGGCUGGACAGUGAUCCAGAGGCGUCUGGAUGGCUCCGUGGACUUCGACCAGAUUUGGGAAGCCUACAGGAAUGGCUUUGGAGAUCUUAGUGGUGAUUUCUGGUUGGGCCUGGAGAAAAUAUACCACGUUGUCCAGGAGAGAAGGUACAAUCUCUCGAUUGAGCUGCAAGACUGGGAAGGAAACUCUCAGCUUAUUCAGUUCCUCUUUAGCCUGGGUGGAGAGAACACUGCCUACACACUCAGUCUCCUUGGACCUGUGUCAGGAGAGCUGGAAAAUGCCCUUGGGGACUUCAGACAGCUGCCCUUCUCCACUCGAGAUCAGGACAACGAUUUCAAAGCUGACACUAACUGUGCCAAGCACCUGUCAGGAGGCUGGUGGUUCAGCACUUGUGGCCAUGCCAACCUCAACGGAAAGUACUUCCGCUCCAUCCCCCGCCAGAGGCAUGAGCGGAAACAGGGCAUCUUCUGGAAGACAUGGAAGGGGAGGUAUUACCCACUGAAAUCUACCACCCUGAAAAUCCGACCCGCAGAGCUGGAAACAGAAUCCUAACCUAGCUGCCACUUGAAAGACUCAAAGGAGCGCAGAUUUGCAGCUCCGUCACUUGGUGUUUACAGAAACCAGCAACGCAACCCUCACAGUGACAGUUCAGAGAGGAACCUUUCCUCACAUUAGCAGCUGUUUAGCUGGCAGAGACUAGCAUGGAGUAAUGCAGCAACAGGCUCUUCCUGUAGGUAUAACCACUUAGUGUUACUGGGGUCCAAUGAACUCAAAGGAUGGGAGCUCCCAGAAUGGGCAAGUAGCCCUGAACAGGGAGAAGGGUCACUGUGGUACGCACAAGCUGGGGGAGCAGUCGCAGACCAGCUCUGCCGCUGCCCAAGUCAAUGAUGUACAAAACUUUGUCCUAAGUCUUGGUUGAUCCGUUACCUUUGCUGUUAAAGCCACUGUGCUUUCAAGGGGCUCACUUGCUCCCCGCACUGAAGCUGGGGAGAGGUGAGGUGAAUGGGGUCCUCUUACAUCAUAGAUAGAACAGCUGCACCCUGGGCCCAUGUGCCACCUUAAUCCUCUCCUCUCACUGGGAUUCCCACCUGGAGGAGGCUCACAAAGCCCCCAUGAGCCAAGAGGCUGCUGAUACUGUCUGGCUUUUCUUCUAGGAUAGCUCCCUGCUGGGCUCUGAGGUUUGGAGCUGCAGUAAAGUGCUGCUGCCAAAAACCCAUCCCAUUUCCCCCAGAACAGCUGACUAGAGACCCUCCUCCUCUGCCCCACCUCCAGCCGUGGCAGGUCAGUUACUCGGCAGCAGCAAUAGAGGAAGCAGCAAAUGUAACUCAUGUCUGACACCUUGUUUCUCUUAACUCCUGCCCAGCUGCCCCCCCUCUCCUCAGUUACUUAAACACCAUUUGACUGGUUCCUCCAAGGGAAGGUUCUGGGGGCCCCUCUUGAGGAAUGGGGACUGAGGUCCAUCCAGCUUCCUUCACCCUCAAAGAUUACCUGCAACUCCUCCUUCCUGGCCUCCCCACCUGGGAAGAACAGUUUCUUCCUUAGAAUUUCACCCAGUAAUUCCUCCAAUUGCCUGUUACCAGGAGGCCAGACUAGAUCAUAGACAUCCCUUUUGGCUCUGUGAAUCCUGAGCUUCAGAGAGAGCCUACUGGUGCUGCUCUGAGUCAGCUAGAACAGCCUCUAGAAUGGCAUGAGGCAUAGUCUGCCCUUGCUGUCCUUUUGGCAUGGGCCCAACCCUGCCUCUCCGCCCUGAAUUCACAGCAAGGGAUGUGCUUCUCCUCCAUCACCUUAUCCUGGAGGUUUAGUUUCUCCUUCAAAGAUUCCAAAAUCCCUGUCCCCUGGCUGUGACCUGAAAUUUAAACAAUCCUCCCUGAAAGGUGAGGUACAGUAGGGUUGCCCCAAGAUGCUGGGAGCAGCAUCAAUCACACAUGGUGUCUGCCCCCGAAAUACUGCACAUAUUAUUCUAGUAUCUUCAGUGACUGGAUUUGAGGGUUUCCCAGAGUGUCUUAGAGGAGGGGAGCAGGUGUGGUGGGAUGCAUCUGAUCUUGGGGAGACCCUAGGUCAAGUGAUAAUCACUGAAACUGUUACAGGCCAAGUUUCCCUCUUGGGUGUUCCCAAGUAUCCUGUCCUAUUUGAGUCAUAUUGACUGACUUGCUAGAGCUCUUAGCUGCUGAAUACUGUAAAUAGUCAUUUGUAGAAUGCUGGAUCUUUUUAAUGAAUUUACUGUUUAAUUUGUUUCUGUAUUUAAAUUCAGUGUUAAUAACAAUGUGGUGUAAUUUAUAAAUGUUGGGUUUGAAAAAGAUCAUCAGUAGUUUGUGUAUUUUCAGCUCUAACCUUUUUAUACUAAAAUCUGACUUUCUGCAGAUGUCUUUUAAUAAAAAACCCACCAAACCAA